UCUUCACGCGAUACAAGUUAUACAAAUCGAUCCAUUUGUUUACGGAGGUCGUCUGCUAUCCGAUUGCAGUGUUUUCAGAUUAAACACUAUUAUGUUCUAAAUCGUUCGUUUAUGUGACUUUAAACGGAAACAAAGCUGCAAUGCCGGGGACUGAAGACAGUACGACGGAACUCGGGGAAAUAGAAAAUGUCAGGGUUGUGGUCCGCGUUCGACCUUUGAAUGGAAAGGAGUUGGACGGACACUGUAGGAACAUAGUACGCGUGGACACGAUCAACAGCGAAAUAACAGUUGAAAAUACGAACGCUGCGCAAGGAGAGCCGCCAAAGGUUUUCUCAUUCGACGCUGUCUUCGAUACCGAUUCCACUCAGGUUGAUAUAUACAAUGAAACUGCAAGACCUAUCGUGGACAAAGUUCUCCAAGGGUACAAUGGAACGAUAUUCGCGUAUGGGCAAACAGGUACUGGUAAAACCUACACCAUGUCCGGUGCAAAAACAUCACCGCAACUCAGGGGCAUCAUACCCAAUACCUUUGCACAUAUUUUUGGACACAUAGCCAAAGCUCGUGACAACCAAAAAUUCCUUGUUCGUGCGACUUAUUUGGAGAUUUACAACGAGGAAAUCAGAGAUUUACUUGGCAAAGAUCAAAAUACCAGACUGGAAGUGAAGGAGAGGCCAGAUAUUGGAGUAUUCGUAAAAGAUCUCAGCGGCUAUGUAGUCAAUAACGCUGAUGAUCUAGAUCGAAUAAUGUCUCUUGGUAACAAGAAUCGUGUUGUUGGAGCUACAGCAAUGAACGUAUCGAGUUCACGGUCUCACGCAAUAUUUACAAUAACAGUUGAAUCUAGUCAGCUUGGAGAAGAUGGCGAACAACACGUUAAAAUGGGAAAACUUCAUUUAGUUGAUUUAGCUGGUUCGGAAAGACAAAGUAAAACGAAAGCUUCUGGAGUUCGUUUAAGAGAAGCCACGAAAAUUAAUUUAUCACUCUCCACACUAGGUAAUGUAAUAUCUGCAUUAGUUGACGGUCAGAGUUCACAUGUGCCUUACAGAAAUUCCAAACUCACGAGAUUACUGCAAGAUUCAUUGGGUGGUAACUCAAAAACGUUAAUGUGUGCAAAUAUCAGUCCAGCAGAUAUAAAUUAUGACGAAACUAUCAGCACUCUUCGUUAUGCGAACCGUGCUAAAAAUAUUAAAAAUAGAGCGAGAAUUAACGAAGAUCCAAAAGAUGCUUUACUUCGGCAGUUUCAAGUUGAAAUCGAGCAAUUACGCAAACAACUGGAGGAAAAUGGUGCCGAAAUCUCUGAAUCUGAAGAUGAGUCUGAAGACUCUGAAGAGACAGGAGAAAAAAGACACGAUAAAAAAGCCCGACGUCGGAAAAGUCAGAUAUUGACGAUGGAAGAAUUAGAAGACAGAGAUAUAGAUUCCAAUGAGAAGAUAGAUAAAGCCGAAAGAGAAGAUAAAAGUCCCGACGACAAAGACGUGAUCGAAUUAAAAAGAACUCAGAGCGAAAAAGAAGCAUUACGCGAGAAAAUGCAAAACCUACAAAACAAGAUCUUAGUCGGAGGUGAAAAUUUGUUGGAGAAGGCAGAAGCUCAAGAGCAAUUGUUGGCUGCUGCGGCAAUUGAACUUGAACAACGCAAAAGUAGAGAAGAACAGCUAAAAAAAGCUAUCGAAGCAAAAGAAGCUGAACGUAUCGACAUAGAAGAGAAGUAUUCUUCCUUGCAAGAGGAGGCAGCUGGGAAAACUAAAAAAUUAGCUCGCGUACAUACGAUGUUAAUGUCCGUCAAGGCAGAGUUAUCUGAUUUACAGCAAGAACAUCAGAGAGAAAUGGAAGGGCUUUUGGAAGGGGUCAGAGGUAUUGGACGAGAGUUGCAACUUCAAGAGCUAAUAGUAAACAGUUACAUUCCUGUUCAGUAUCAGACGAUGAUCGAAAGAUAUGUUCAUUGGAACGAAGAUAUUGGAGAAUGGCAGUUGAAGUGUGUAGCGUAUACAGGUAACAAUAUGCGCAAAGCGCAAACUACGCCACCACUGGGAAGUAAUAAGGAUCAAACUCAACCUGACAUGUCAAAUAUAUAUCUCUCUUAUAACAAUGGAAUCGACAAUACUUUCGUGCAACCGAAAAAGGUAAGAGGCCGAUCUGGAGUACCAAGGCCAACUACAGCACAUAGACGUACACCACAUUAAAGCUAUGUUUAAUCUAUGAAACGAUAAAAAAGUAUUUAUUUUUCACUAAGUAUCUUUUUUAGCAUCUUUUUAAAGACAUUAUUCUAAUUUAUUUUUGUUUAUACGGUAUUAGUAGGAAAUCAGUAUUUUUUGCAUUUUUGCAAUUAUAUAUUUAUUUCUAUUUUUAAUUAAGUAUGUUCGUAUUAAUCUAAAGUAUUACAUAGAAGUAAACGAUAUAUAUAUAUAUACGAUAUAAUAGGACAAUAUUUAAUUAACAAGGUCGAUUUAUUAUAAAAAUUAUAAUUUCUGUGCUGUAGAAUCAUUCAAGUACAACUUGAAAUUAAUUAAUACGAAUUAAUUAUUUAAUUUUAAUUUGCUGAUUUACAUAAAUUAUUAUAUGAUGGAAAUGACAACUUAAUUUGAUAAACUUUAAGAUUAGUUUGACUCGGGUGAUUUUCAUACAUUAUACACAUCAUGAAAAGAACAACUAUAACACUAAGAUUUUAUGUUUUAUGUACUUAGAUACAUUUUUCUGUGAUGUCUAUGAAAUAUUAGAUGACGAAAUUUGAAUCAAUAAUAUAAACUUUCAUAGAAACUACAUUUUCAUAUUUAAUAGCAUGCCACAUAAGUUACUAUUAAAUAGAGAAUUGGUAUAAAGAUUUUAGAGAGAAAAAAGUAUGUGCUGUACCUGUGUGAUAAAAAAUAAAAUGUUUUGCUCGAUAUAGGAAUAUUAGAGAUAAAUGUAACUAAAAACAACAAGAAUGCAAUCUUCGUCAAAAACUAAUCAAUCUUGUGUCUUUUUACAUUGCCAUUUAUGUAUAUUUUGAUAAAGACUAGAUUUCUUAGCUAAUAAUAAUAUUACAGUAUUUCUACAACAUUUUUUUAUUUAAGCAUUUUAUGGUAAUUUUUUGAAGAAAACAAAAGUAAUUUGAACUUCAUUUAAAAACUAAUGUGUAUCAAUGUCAUUAAUCAUUUAUGUCGAUAAACUUAUAAAAAAAUAGACAAAAUGAUGAAAGCAUAUCUUUACGGCAAAUAGAAUUUUAACUGCAUUUAGAUUUUUUAUUCUUUAUUCGCUACUAUUAAAUAUAUUAAAUAUAAUUUAUUUUGUGUUUUAACUUUUUAUGAAAAUUCAUACAUUCUUUAAGUACUGUGAUAAUAAUAUUUUUAUUAUUCUCGAUUACCUAAGUAUUACUUAAUACAAUUAAGAACAUUAAAUGUUUAUAAUUAUUAUUGUAUGUUAUGCUUUUUUUUAUAUAAUUUACGAAAUAAAAAUAAAUAAUUAUAAACGUA